UUGAUUAUUCCUUUUUGGCCUGCACAAAGUUGGUUUUCUUUGCUAAUACCAAUGUUAAUUUCUUUGCCAGUUAGACUGCCUCAACACAAAGAUUUAGUUAUGAUGCCGCAUACAGGAGAAUGCCAUCCAUUAAGGAAGAGACUAAAUUUAACCGUGUGUAUUGUAUCCGGAAAUCGCUUAUUGAUAGAGGAUUUUCAGAAUCAUCUGCAGAUGUCAUCAUUGCAUCUUGGAGACCUUCUACAAUCAAGCAAUACCAAUAUUCUUGGAGAAAAUUUGUUAUUUGGUGUGUUCAAAGGAAAACCAAUUCCUUUCGACCAUCUGAAAAGGAUGUAAUAGAUUAUUUGAAUUUUUUGAAAGACAGUAACUUUUCGUAUUCAGUGUUAAAUACUACUCGGUCUAUGUUGACACAGACUUUAUCCUUUUUUGGAGUAGAUGUUACUAAAUUUGUUUUUGUUGACCGUAUGUUGAAAGGUUGUUUUAACCUGAAUCCGCCAAGAGCGAGAUACUCUUUCACUUGGGAUGUGAAUUUAGUGCUAACUUUUUUAAGUUCUUUAUAUCCAUUGGAGGAUUUAACAUUGAAGACUUUGACUUUUAAACUUGUGUCUUUAGUUGCCUUGACUACAGCUGCUAGGGCACAAUCUAUAUCAGCUCUGGAUUUACAUUUUAUGUCUUUUAGUCAAAGACAAGGCACUAUAGUUUUUCAUAUACAGGAACUUUUGAAAACUACUAGACCUGGUUUCAGUCUGCCUAAUGUGGUGUUCAAGCGUUUUGAUAAACCAGAACUUUGUGUUGUUAAGACAAUGAUUAAUUAUGUUUUGCGUACAAAAGAUGUCAGGAAGACAUCUAGUUUGUUUAUUUCUUAUGCAACUUUUCGUAAAGUUUCAACUUCUACAUUAUCUAGAUGGUUAAAGACAGUUCUACUUUUAGCAGGCAUUGAUAUCAACAUUUUUAAGGCUCACUCAUUUAGAUGUGCCUCUACUUCAGCUGCAUUAGCUUCAGGAUGUUCUAUUAAAGACAUUAUGGUAACAGCUAACUGGACAUGUGCUAAAACAUUUUAUAAGUUCUAUUACAGGGAAUUGAAUAAUACUGGCACUAAGGACUUUUCUUCUGCCGUAAUUACUGGAUGAUCUUGUGAUUGUUUAUGCUCAAUUAAAUGUUGCAUUUGUAUGAUUUUUGGUUUUAGUUUGUGUCUACACUUUAAACAAGCUAAUUCAUUACUUGAGACCGA